AUGCCCCAGGCAAGGCAAUCAACUCUUGGUAAAUUCCUCGGCCAAAAGCAGAAUGAGGGGAAGCCCAAGUCCCAAUCAACCCUGUCUUUCCAGCAGAAGACACUAUCUAAAGAUCCGGUCGCGCGUCAAGAGCACGCAAAGGAAGCGUCUCCAGCCGCCGAGACGAGAGAUGCUCGAAACACUCCCGAAUCAUGUAUUCAAGACAGUGAUAGUUCCUUGCAUGGGAAACACAAGAGAAAGACGGUGGAGAGCAGUAAGAGUGAAAGUGAUCCUGAUGACCAGCCUGUUGUGAAGAGAAGGAGACGGACAUCGACAUCCAAGUCGACUGCUCCCACCAAGGCGAAGGAUCCCCCCUCCAAAACAAAUGGUACUUUGACCAAGGAGCAUUCAGAACUGCUUCCAGCAAAGAAAGGCCCAAAUACAAGCAGACCCAAACGUGAGGAUGAGGGGGCUGUAUCACCGCGGAGUGAGGACAAAGAAGUCUCUACAUCUGAGGCUGAAUCCUCUCCCAGCGACGAUGAGACACCAAAAGUCGACAAAAAGCAAGUUGCCGAAAUUCAGGCUACUAUCGAAGCUUCGGGCAAGGACCCAUACCCAGACUGGAAAGCCGGAGACCCUGUUCCAUACGCAGCUUUAUGUACCACGUUUUCGUUGAUCGAGCUUACCACGAAGCGUCUCCAAAUCAUAGCAUAUUGCUCCUCUUUUCUACAGCAAGUCCUACGCUUGACGCCACGAGAUCUCCUGCCGACGGUACAGCUCAUGUUAAACAAGCUUGCAGCCGACUAUGCCGGUAUUGAGCUUGGAAUAGGAGAAUCACUUAUCAUGAAAGCCAUAGGGGAGAGCUCCGGUCGCUCGCUAUCGGUGAUCAAAGCAGACCAUCAUAAAAUCGGCGACUUGGGUCUCGUUGCGGCCAAGAGCAAAUCUAAGCAGGCACAGAUGUUCAAACCAAAGCCACUCACUGUUCAUGGUGUCCACCAAGGGCUGCUCGAAAUUGCCAAAAUGGAAGGACAUGGCUCGCAGGACCAAAAAGUCAGAGCUAUCAACCGAUUGAUGGCCUCUGCUGAUGUAUCAUCUGCAAGCAAGACUGUAGAUAUCACUAAGGAUAAGGGAGGGCCAUCAGAAGCCAAAUUCUUGGUUCGCUUUCUCGAAGGCAAAUUGCGACUUGGUCUGGCCGAGAAGACUGUCAUCGUUGCAUUGGCUCAGGCCGUUGUAACCUACGAAGCCGCAAAGAAAGGGAAAAUCCCCAGUACUGACCAGCUAGCUAAUGGUGAAGCCGUUCUAAAACAAGUCUACAGUGAGUUACCCUCUUAUGAGGUGAUUAUUCCAGCCAUGCUUGAACAUGGUGUCUUCAAUUUGCACGAGACCUGUAAAUUGCAACCGGGAGUUCCACUGAAACCGAUGCUUGCCAAACCGACCAAAUCGAUUACUGAAGUACUAGAUCGAUUCGAGGGAAAGGACUUCACCUGUGAAUAUAAGUACGACGGAGAGCGGGCACAGAUUCAUUAUGUUGCCCCCGAUGUAAAAUCCGAAUUUCCAGCGGCUGAGAACACGUUGGCCAAGGACCCGAAGCGUUUCAACGGUCUUGCUGCCAUCUUUUCAAGGAACUCUGAAGACCUAUCAAAGAAGUACCCGGAUAUCCUGGAGAAAUUGAACACUUGGAUCAAGCCGUCAACGAAGAGCUUCGUCUUGGACUGCGAAACUGUUGCCUGGGAUCCUCAAAAUAAAAAAGUACUGCCUUUCCAACAACUCAUGACUCGCAAGCGGAAAGAUGUGAAGACGUCAGAAGUCACCGUCAAGGUUUGCGUCUUCGCCUUUGAUCUACUCUUCUACAACGGCGAACCUCUUGUCAAAAAGUCAUUCCGUGAGAGACGCGAGCUGCUCCACAACGCCUUCACCCUGGCGGAAGGAGAAUUUUCCUUUGCCCAGUACGGUGAUACCAGAGAUGUAGAGGAGAUCCAGCACCUCUUGGACGAAUCUGUGAAAGCAUCUUGCGAAGGGUUAAUGGUGAAGAUGCUCGACACAGAAGAUUCGGGCUACGAGCCUAGCAAACGCUCACGCAACUGGCUCAAGGUGAAGAAGGACUACCUCGCCGGGGUUGGCGACUCCUUGGACCUUGUUGUUUUGGGGGCCUAUUACGGUAAAGGGAAGCGGACGUCCUGGUACGGGGCCUUUCUCCUUGGUGCAUACAAUGAGGAUACGCAGACCUUUGAAACAGUCUGUAAUAUUGGGACUGGCUUUUCAGAAGCCAUCCUCGAAGAGUUCUACAAAGAUCUGUCUGAAAUCGUCAUUGACGGUGCCAAACCGUUUUACUCACACUCCACGGUGAAGAACGACCAGCCAGAUGUGUGGUUCGAAGCCCGUCAUGUCUGGGAAGUCAAGACUGCCGGUCUCACCCUGAGUCCUCGUUACCGUGCUGCAAUUGAUGAAAUGGGUGGCAAAAACGGGAUUAGUCUGCGAUUUCCACGAUUCAUUCAGAAAAGAGACGACAAGAAGCCUGAAGAGGCGACAACAACAAAGGCUAUUGCAGAAAUGUAUCGCAAGCAGGAGGUCGUCGCUCAGGAGACACGAGGCAAGGGAGGUGUCGACGACGACUUUGAGUACUAG